AUGCUUCGGCACUGGUGCUACAAGCUGGAAGCCACCCUCCUGAUUGUGGUAGGAUUCACAGGCUUGUUGUUUCUUCUCCAAACAAACAGACCUUCCAAUGUGCAUGUUUCCAAGGAGGAAAGGGAAGGCCCAGCUCUGAUCCUGCCAAUUACUACUGAAAUGUCCAAACCCAUCAUGGAGUGCCAGGCAAACAAGCUGGCAGCCAAUGUCUCUGGCUUUGCAGAACUGCCUGCUCACAUCAAAGACUUCUUGUGGUAUAAACAUUGCAAAGAAUUCCCACUGCUCCUAGAUGUCCCAGAGAAAUGCGGCAGUCCAAAAAUCUCCCAUGAGGUCUUCUUGCUCUUGGCCAUCAAGUCCUCACCCGGGAACUAUGAGCGGCGUGAGGUCAUCCGCAAGACGUGGGGGCAAGAACGCAUGUUUGCAGGCAUGCGCAUUCGGCGGGUCUUCCUCGUGGGGGAAGCAGCAAAUGCCCAGGAAGCAUGGAAGCUCAGCCGGCUGCUGAAGCUAGAGUCCGAGGAGAACAGGGACAUUCUCCAGUGGGCCUUCCAGGAUAGCUUCUUCAACUUGACCCUCAAGCAGGUUCUGUUCCACAGCUGGAUGGAGGCCAGGUGCCCGGGCGUCCGUUUCAUCUUCAACGGCGAUGAUGAUGUUUUUGCCAACACCAACAAUAUUGUCCAUUAUCUGCUGAGUGUUCCUGGUGCAGGAGAUGAACAUCUUUUUGUGGGGCAGUUGAUUACCAACGUGGGCCCCAUCCGUGAGAAGUGGAGCAAAUAUUAUGUGCCAGAGCAAGUGACCACGUCCAACUCUUACCCGCCGUAUUGCGGGGGCGGGGGCCUGCUCAUGUCUGGUUACACUUCCCGCACCAUCUACAAAGAAUCUCUUGGCAUUGAGCUGUUCCCCAUUGAUGACGUCUACUUGGGGAUGUGCCUGCAGAAAGCAGGGCUCAUGCCCUCCUCCCAUAUGGGUAUCCGGACAGUGGGCGUGAGGUUGCCGUCCUCGCGAGUGAGCUCGUUCGAUCCCUGUUACUAUAGAGAGCUCCUCUUGGUCCAUCGAUUUGUGCCCUACGAGAUGCUAGUGAUGUGGAAUGCCAUCCACCAGCCAGACCUGGUCUGUGGAAAGAAAACUGAGGUCUACCAGAGCUUCUGAGGGUCUCAAGAGUGGUGGGGGAUUCAGAGAGGACAGAGGAAUCUAAAACUGUAGAUUGGAAAUACCACUUUUCUUGCAGGAAGUUGUUUGCAGAUGGCAUGCACUGCACUACCUACAAAAGCUG